UGGGCAACCUGUUCCAGUGCGUCACCACCCUCUCAAUGAAAAACUUCCUCCGAAUAUCUAACCUAAGAUUCCCCAGUCUCAGUUUAACACCAUUCCCCCUUGUCCUAUCACUAUCCACCCAUAUAAAUAGUCGUUUACCACAAGAAUAGCAUAUGUUAUAUGCAGUUUGGGCUUUUUUAAUGUGUAGCUCUCAUUGCAGUCCUUUUUUUAAAACUGUACGCUGACAUCACUGCAGUAUUUUUAUCCUCUUUCAGAAUAGAUCUACACUGUAAGUAAUUGACUUCUGUCAAAACUGAUUAUAUUUGCUGUAAUGCAGAUGACCAGAAUAUGUACCUCUCAUCACAAUCCCCUUUCAAAACUAAAUGAAUUAUCAUCUUAGAUUUAUAGACAGCAGAACUGAGGUGCAGUAUAUAUGGGAUCAGAAUUCCCACACCAAACUCCCUCUAAAUCAGAUUUUUAUCUUUGGACAGAGUGUGGUACAUGUGUGUAAUAGAUGUGGGUUUUGGAAUGGAAACCAGGAGUUAUACGCUGUUUCAUAGAUUGCACUCUAAAAUGAAGAAAUCUAACUUGUUGCCGUCAUUUUUGUUCAUUAAUCUCUGACUUCACUGUCUUCGUACAAACAUUUGGAGUCACUACAUUCCUCUGCAUUAUGCAUUCUUUUACCUGGAAAAGCAAUUGUGCAUCUCUAUGAGUCACUGAUUUUAAUUUGAAUGAUUUAAAAAAUGUAUGUACUUCCUUGCAUAUGCUUUUUUUAAUUUGAUUUUUACCUACUUCUGUAACUCUGUUAUUAAAACAUUUGAAGUUUUUGUGUUCUUCCUUGGAUUAGUGACACCGUGCAAGAAAAAAGUUUUUCUGCGUACUUUAUGAAAGAAAAAAUAGAAUCUGAAAAUUAGAACCACAGAAUUUGCUUCAGAGUUGUUUGUGGAUUGUGAUGGCUUGUAAAAAUGUCUGAUGCUGCUUUUUUUCCUUCUCUUGCUUUCUCUGCUUUUUUUCCAGAAAAAGUCAUCAUAGGUUUGGUGUCUUAGAAUUAUGGAAUCAAUCUCUAUGAUGGGAAGCCCUAAGAACCUCAAUGAAACUUUUCUACCAAAUGUGGCCAACGGUAUCAAGGAUGCCAGUAAGAUCACAGUAGGCAUCAUUGGAAGUGGAGACUUCGCAAAAUCAUUGACCAUUCGGCUGAUUAGAUGUGGGUACCAUGUUGUUGUAGGAAGCAGAAACCCUAAAUUUGCUGCAGAGUUCUUUCCCCAUGUGGUUGAUGUCACUCACCAUGAAGAUGCAGUAACAAAAACAAACAUCAUUUUUGUAGCUAUUCAUAGAGAACACUACACGUCUUUGUGGGACCUCAAGCAUUUACUCGUCGGUAAAAUUCUGGUUGAUGUCAGCAACAAUACAAGAGUAGACCAAUAUCCAGACUCCAAUGCAGAGUAUCUGGCAUCACUUUUCCCAGAUUCCCUAGUUGUCAAAGGAUUCAAUGUUGUUUCAGCUUGGUCACUCCAGUUAGGACCAAAGGAUGCCAGCAGACAGGUCUAUAUAUGCAGUAACAACGUUCAGGCUCGCCAUCAAGUUACUGAGCUCGCUCGUCAGCUCGGUUUUAUUCCUGUUGAUCUGGGGGCAUUGUCAUCUUCAAGGGAGAUUGAAAACUUACCUCUGCGACUCUUCACACUGUGGAAGGGGCCUGUAGUGAUUGCCAUUAGUCUGGCAACAUUUUUCUUCAUUUAUUCCUUCAUCAGAGACGUAAUCCAUCCAUACGUGAGAAAUCAACAGAGUGACUUUUACAAGCUCCCCAUUGAGAUUGUCAAUAAGACUCUACCAGUUGUUGCCAUCACGUUACUCUCUCUAGUGUAUUUGUCGGGACUUAUUGCGGCUGCUUAUCAGCUUUACUACGGCACUAAGUACAGGCGAUUUCCACCUUGGCUGGACAGCUGGCUGCAGUGUCGAAAGCAGCUUGGACUGCUCAGUUUUUUCUUUGCAGUUGUGCAUGUGGCAUACAGCCUUUGCUUACCUAUGAGGAGAUCAGAGCGAUACUUGUUCCUCAAUAUGGCGUAUCAACAGGUUCAUGCAAAUGUUGAAAAUUCUUGGAAUGAAGAAGAAGUGUGGCGAAUUGAAAUGUAUAUCUCCUUUGGAAUAAUGAGUCUUGGGUUGCUUUCUUUGCUGGCAGUAACUUCUAUCCCUUCAGUCAACAACGCCUUAAACUGGAGGGAGUUCAGUUUUAUUCAGAGCAAGAUGGGAUACAUAGCUCUGCUGCUGUGCACAGUUCACGCACUGGUGUUUGCUUGGAAUAAGUGGGUUGAUGUUAACCAAUUCAUCUGGUACACACCACCUUCAUUUAUGCUAGCAGUUUUUCUUCCUAUUGUGGUCCUGCUCUGUAAAUGCAUACUGUUCUUUCCAUGUUUCAGGAGGAGGAUAAAAAAGAUUAGAUGUGGUUGGGAAGCUAAUACACAGACCAAUCAAACCAACUUGACUUCCAGACUAUAGAUCAAAUAUGGACAUUCCCUAUCUGAUGCAUGUAAAUGUGCUCAAGGCAACAAAAUGUUUACUUGCGAGCUUUGUUUUCAUCUAUUUCUUAGAUGUUUCCUGUUUACUUUUCAUUUCAGUGCAGGGGUAUGGAAUACCUGAUGCAAUUUGAACUUCUGUUGUGACAGAAGUUGGAAAUAUUAAUUUCACACUUUAAUCUAUUUGGUAUUCUGGUAUUUGAUCAUUUCUUUCUUCUGACUCACUGCUCUUAAAAUGCCAGUGCUUCAUUGCUUCAAUCGUAAUUCUUUCACUAGAAAAUGCAAUCAUAAAUCACUGCUCCAGAUGACCACAGAAAGUAAAUAAAUCAUUACACCACAAAAUCCAGGAAUGCUUUCUGCAUCUCACAGCCGUGUUUGUUCCCUGGUUAAAUCUCAGUAUUAUGAAGGGACAACAACUUGAGUAUUUAUUGUCCUGUAUCCCGUUAUCUCCUGCAUCUUAUGUUUAACUGCAGAAGGGAUCCUUUAGCACUACAGCCAAAUGAAAAUUUGCAUUCCCACCAUGUCUUGAAUUUAAACAAUCAAGUAAGCAGAAGUCUGGGGAACUUUGCAAGGGAAAUCUCUCCUGAGGCUUAGGCACAGUACUAAAAAAAAAAAGAGUUUUUAGAUUCAGAUCUACAUCUUAUACAGGACUAGGUGUGUCUGUUUAUUUGGAACUGUAAAAUGUUUUCUUUUUUUUCCAUGAACAUAUUCUUUUGUUUCUGAUGCUGGAAAUUUUCCAUGCUUUUGACCUAAGCCUGCAGACUUUGACACAUGCUAAUCUUUAUUAGCACAAAUUUUUCCAGUGGGGAUAGCUCACACGUAGAAUAAAUAUGUUUUACCAUUUUACUAUAGGGCUAGCACAACUAUGUGACUGGAAGAAAAUUAUUAAAAGCAGACGUUUGAACCAUGACAAUGAUUUGGUGAUAUUUUGUGUAAAACUACUGCUGAAUGCAUUUGCUUUUACUUAAAUUUUAGUGUAUGUUGAUGAAACUUCACUUUCUUUGUUUUACAUAGAUCUGCCUGAAUGCCUUAACUGAAUAAUUCAUUUGUUAAUUGUCUAUUUUAAAUACUUUAUGCAGCAGUUAAUAUUUUCACACAGCAUCAGAAACAUUGUUGCAGUUUUCCUGCAUGAGCUGACUGGGACAUGGAUUGAUGAUGCCACCUAUUGAUGGAAUCAUCCAAAUGAGAAUUGCAGUGGUUCUGGUAUUAAACAAACAAGAAAAUGUCUAUGUAAGAGAAUAUGUAAUACAUGGUGCUAAUGAUUCUGUUUUACAUUUGUGGACACGGUACACUGGGUGUAAAUAAAAAUUAAAUAACUAUUCCUACA